GAGCCAAACGCGAUUUGUAGGAGUUAGAGUCAUGGCGGGCUUGGUUGACUUCCAGGAUGAGGAGCAGGUGAAGUCCUUCCUGGAGAACAUGGAGGUGGAGUGCCACUACCAGUGCUACCGCGAAAAGGACCCGGAGGGUUGCUAUCGACUGGUGGACUAUCUGGAAGGAAUCCAAAAGAAUUUUGAUGAAGCCGCAAAGGUGCUGAAGUUCAACUGUGAGAAAUAUGGGCAUGGUGACAGCUGUUACAAGCUGGGGGGCUAUUACGUGACUGGAAAAGGUGGCCUCACUCAGGACCUAAAGGCUGCCUUUUCCUGCUUUCUGAUGGCCUGUGAGAAACCAGGAAAGAAGUCUAUGGAAUCCUGUCACAAUGUUGGGCUAUUGGCGCAUGACGGACAGGUUAAUGAGGAUGGCCAGCCUGACCUGGGGAAGGCCAGGGACUACUACACCAGGGCCUGUGAUGGCAGCUACGCAGCCAGCUGCUUCAACCUCAGUGCCAUGUUUCUCCAGGGCGCCCCUGGCUUUCCUAAGGACAUGGGUCUGGCGUGUAAAUAUUCAAUGAAGGCCUGCGACCUGGGCCAUGUCUGGGCCUGUGCCAAUGCCAGCCGCAUGUACAAACUGGGGGAUGGUGUUGAUAAGGACGAGGCCAAGGCUGAAAUGUUGAAAAACAGGGCCCGGCAGCUGCACAAAGAACAGCAGAAAAACGUCCAACCUUUAACAUUUGGGUGACGUGUGGCCCACCCCCUUCCAAGCAACAGCUUCACCCUGGCAGCUCCUCUCUGAUCACAGAUGAGCCCUUGAAGGUCACUCAGUGCCAUCUGCUCCAGAGUGUCACCUGCUGGGAGUGAUCAGAAGUGUCUUAGUAAAUAAUCCUUUGUGUUUGCUCUAUGAGGACACCUACGUUUAUGGGGUGUGUGUGUCUUAAUUUCUAGACUGGACCUAUGGAGAAUAGGAGUAAACUGCAGAGCUGUAGAUUUUGGGGGCUUGGGGAGACAAAGAGAAGUUGGGAAACUUCGAAGCCAUGGGCCUCAAAGAGUCAGCAAUCAUCAUUUUAGUCGGAAGAGCUUGAAAAUUAGAAAGUAUCCUAAUUUGCAUAACAGAGGUCUUAGAACAGCGAGCAGUCACGACUGCCGCCCUCUGCCUUAUAUAACCCAACGGUGGUGUGGGCUCCUUGCCGAUCCAGUCAGACCUUUCAGCAGAUUUAGAGGGAUCAGGAGCCUUGUGCUGAAGAGCGUUGAGGUGGUUAUAUUAGCCUUGCUGUUGCCAAAGGAGACAAAACCUAAGCCUCCCUCCUCUAGACAAGUCGCUGGCAGUUAAAAAUUAGCCUCUCGACUGGCUCUGUUCCUCGCAGGAAGACAGAUGACUCUGGAAGCAGCUCCAGAUAGGAAUUUGGGACAUGCUGACAGGAAGUUGUCCACUGAACAGGGCCUUUUUAUUCCUUUUUUUUUUUUUUUAAACAGGCCCUGAGCGGCCUUCUGCUGGCCUUAAACUCCUAGCCCUGCCCCAGCCCCACUGGUUCAAGGAUUACAGGCGUACACCACAUUGCCAGGCAGGACCGAAUCUGUUAACUGUCCAGAUGAAUGAAGUGUUCCCGUUGCUUUUCCAUCUGCUGUGCUAUUGGUCUCCAGAUCCUGGCAGGAUGGAUGGAGUGUGUUCAUCAUGGUGGCUGUCUUUGUGUGUGUGCCUUUUUAAGAGUUUUUUUCCUUCUGUUGUCUCUCUACUUGUCACCAGGGGGCGAGCUUGUCCUUCUCCGUCACUACCCUGGCCCCCUUUUCCAGGCUGGCAGCCGGCUGCUCUAGAAGAAAGGCUUUGAAGGUUGUAAGCACAGCCACUGCCCUCUGAAGUUGGUACAGGAGACCGUUUUUCCUGAGCACACAGACAGCUUUUAAAAGACAACAAGUUUGUUUUUAGAAUGUCUUGAAAAUAGUAUUUGAUAUGAUUGAACACCAGAGGCCAACAAAAGGCAUUGGGAAGAUACUAACCCUGGGCAGCUAUACAUAAAAACCACACGAAUGAUUCACCAACGAGUCUGCAGCGCCUGAUGACCCACGUUUAAUCCCUGAAAUCACACAGUGGAAGUAGACACCUGAGUCCUGCACAAUGCCCUCUCACCCAUGAAGGAGUGCACAUGCAGUAAAUGAAUACAUGGAAUAAAACAUGUAAAACGAGACAAAUGACUAUGUUCCGAGGGUACAUAGUGAGACCCUGUCUAAAGGGGAAAAAAAAGAUAGAGAAAUAGCAAAUGUAUGUAUGAGAUGCCCUCCAUAGCAUGGCAGGAGGAUGCAGACUGCACUGAACACUGCUGUGACUAGAGGGGCCAAACCGCAAUGCAGGGGAAUGCGGAGUGGUAGGGACAUGCGUCAUGAACAGGGACAAACAAUGGCGCAGCCACUUGGGGAGACAGUUGAUCAGUAUUUAAACGAAACAUACAGUGUCUUUUGGUAAUCUUGUAUGUUUCUAAUUCCCCAGGGGAAUUAAAAACAUCCUCAUACCAAAAGCAGCAUGUGUGUUUCCUUAGGAGCCUAUUUAUAAUUGCCCAAACUUGGAAGCAAUGAAGGUGUCCUUCAGUAAAGACAAUGGGACAUCUACUACAAAAUUAAUGAGUCACAAAAGACAUAGAGGGCCUUACCAAAUGGAAGGCCAAUCUGAAAGGAUUCUUGAUUACAACUGUAGGAUACUGGCAUCCUCAAAAAGUCUUAGCUCUCAGAAGGCAGAGGCAGGUGGAUCUCUUGAGUUGAAGGCCAUCCAGGGUUAUAUAUAGCAACCUUGUCUUGAAAAACCAAAAAAGAAAAAAGAUAGAGAUAAGUUAGAGCUUGGCAUUGUGGCUCAAUGGUAGAGCACUGUUCCUGGGCCUUAUCGGUUCCAGCACUGCAGUUAAAUCUGAGGUGGCCGACCGCAGAGCUGGCCUAGCAGAUAGGAGCACUCACUCCUCUUACCGAGGACCUGAGUUUGGUUCUGUCACCCACAUGUCAGCUCAGACCCUUCUAAGUCCUGUGUCAGGGGUUCCGGUAACUUCUGGCCUCUGCAGGCAUACGUGGAACACCAGUAUAUCCACAGGCAAGUCUUGUACAGAGCGUAAAACUCUAAAAGAAGUUCACAUGGCAGGAUGGUUAGAGAACAGUAUUUUAGGCUCACGAGACCAUUCUGUAUGGUACUCUUGCCAGUGAAUACAGGUCAUGAGCCAUUUUUUCAAGUUGGAAAAAUGCGAAGAGUGAACGGUGAAGUAAGCCGGGGCUUUAGGGAUGGUGUGUUUACAUAGGCAGAGGGUGGGGAGGCUGUCUUGUGUAAGGGCUGAUCUUCUCAUACAUAGGAAAUUGCUAUAUUGUCUCAAUUUUGCUGUGGACCAAAGCUCUUAAGAAAAUGUAUUCAAAACAAAGUCACCCAGAUACUACCUCACACCCAGUAGGACCACUACUAUUAACACGAAUGUCACGUAUAAAUUGGAGCCUUACAUACUGUUGGUGGAAAUUGGACAGCUUAGAAAUAAAUUAUUUUAUGAAAUAAA